UUCUUCCCCCUACUAAGUUAGCUAAAAUAAAAUUUAAGGCAACUGAAAUAUGCAUCCAAUCUACAUGAGACGAGACCCCAGCCUCCCCAUCUAUGGACUCCGACAGUCUGUCUUGUUAAACACCAGGCUUCAGGACUGCUAUGUGGACUUGCCAGCACUCACCAACAUCUGGAUGGCCAGAACGUGUGCAAAGCAGAGCAUCAGUGCCUCAGCACCAGGUACCACCUCUUCUUGGGAAGUUGUAAAGAACCCAUUCAUCGCCAGUCCAUUCUCCCUGGUUAAGCUUGUGCUCAGGCGGCAACUGAAGGACGAGUGCUGCCCGGUACCACGCAAGUUUGGAGAAGGAAAACUCUCGAAGAGAUUAAAGCCCAAGGACGAUUCGGCAAUGAAAGCCACCCAGUGGGCCAGGAUAAGAAGCUCUGUCAGUUCCAAGAGCAAGUGGCCAGGGGGCAGCCCAGGCUCACCUGGGUGCAGGAGGCCUGCAGGAGGCAUCAGAGAGAGCAAAGAAAGUUCAAAGGAGAAAAAACCAACAGUCCGCCAAGAUCUUGAGGACAGAUAUGCUGAACAUGUGGCCGCCACCCAAGUGCUACCCUGGGACAGUGCGACAGCAGCCUGGAAGGGCCAAGUGUUGCUUCCUAAAGCCCGAAAGAGGCAGCAGUUGUCGGAGGACACGCUAACCAUCCACGGCCUCCCCGCGGAAGGGUACCGGGCUCUGCACCGUGCUGUGCCGGAGCCCAUGUUGCGGAACCCUUCAGCCCCCAAGAGGCACAGCUUGGAGGUGGGCAAGAUCGUUAAACAGAAGCUCUGGGAGGCUCUGUGUGGUCAGGCUGCCACCCGUGAAAGUGCUCAGAGGGACCCGUUUCCAGGCAGCAAGCGUCUAGAUGCCCAAGAGCAGCCUGUGCUCAAGAAACGGCCCGAGUUAAAAAGCGAAAAAUAGGAACAUGGGAUUUGGAUAUUCUCUGCUAGAUGUCUGAAAAAUAAACACCUCUUU